AUGUCAAAGGUAAGUUUUAGAUUACUAGAAGAAUUAGAAAAGGGAGAAAAGGGUCUUGGCCCUGAAUCAUGUUCUUAUGGGCUAGCUGAUUCUGACGAUAUCACUAUGACAAAAUGGAACGGUACGAUUCUUGGUCCUCCUCAUAGUAAUCAUGAAAACAGGAUAUAUUCGCUUCUAAUUGAAUGUGGGCCUUCGUACCCAGAUCAGCCACCAAAAGUAAAAUUCGUGUCGAAAGUUAACUUGCCAUGCGUCGACUCUCAGACAGGAGAGGUUAUAAGAGAAAAGUUCCAUACUCUAAGGGACUGGAAGAGAUCAUAUACAAUGGAAACAGUGUUACUAGAAUUACGCAAGGAAAUGGCUACUCCUGCCAACAAAAAGUUGCUACAACCACAAGAGGGCACCAUCUUCUAA